CUAGAUACCGGUCACCUCUUGCUGUUCCUCUUCGCAAACACCGUGCUAUCCUUAUUCACCGUUGGCCAUUCAAGUCAUUCUGGACGAAAGCUCAAGCUCCUCUUUUCCCUAAUUAACGACAUUCACGACUAUUUAUUCCUCCACGAUUUACUUCAUCAAGCUUCACAUGCACUCUCGCUCAUUUUCUGCUCAACUUGCUUAAACACAAUGUCAAAUAUCACGAAUGGAAGAUGCUGGGCGGAGCUCAAGCCUAAUUCCCCGUCGUUGCUGCAGAAUGGAAAUUUGGUUUUCCAAGCUCAUCAUGUUGGUUGGAUUGUCGCUGGAUUCUUUACCACAAUAGCCAUCAUUACAUCUGCUUGGCUCAUAAACAAGCAUUUGGUGUACUACACGAAUAAACGUGAACAGCGCUAUAUCGUUCGCAUCCUUUUCAUGGUCCCGAUCUAUGCUACCAUCAGCAUGGCUUCAUAUCUUUUCUGGAAUCAUUCCACUCCUCUGCUCCUUGUCCGUGACGGUUACGAAUCUACUGUUUUGACAUCAUUCUUUUAUCUACUGCUCAAUUAUCUUUCUCAUGAUCCCGACGAGCAAAGGUCUGUAUUUAUCAAAAACGGCUUGUCUAGGGAGUACGAUCGUGAAGCUUUGAGAAAAGGAGAGUCUCCAAGUAGAUGGGUUUUUCCGCUCGGAUUUGUAAAGUGGAAACCAGCGGAUGGGCUUCUAUUUCUUCAAAUGAUGAAAUGGGGUGUGCUGCAGUAUUGUGUUAUUCGACCUACCACUACACUUGCAGCUGUUCUCCUCAACUAUGUAGGGUUAUAUUGUGAGGAUUCUUGGGGUCUUGGUUGGGGCCAUUCAUAUAUCACCGUCAUCGUCUCAAUCUCGGUUACCGUCGCAAUGUAUUGCUUGAUCCAACUCUAUGUACCGGUAUCAAAAAUCCUUGCACCUCAGAAACCUUUGCUGAAGUUGUUUUCCGUCAAGUCCAUCGUAUUUUUAACUUUUUGGCAAGCAACUUUUCUUUCCGUCCUUAGCAUGGUCGGUGUAAUCAAAGACACGACAUAUAUGACUGCAGACGAUAUCAACAUUGGUAUUGGAGCUCUUUUGGAAACUUUUGAAAUGAUGCUUUUUGGUUUCUUACACAUCAAAGCAUUCACAUAUAAAACGUACAGGCCCAGGGAGUCUGAUUUGACGGAACUACCAGCUUACCGCAUGUCCCGCUUGCGUGCUCUCGGGCAUGCUGUGGAUUUUCGCGAAACUUUCCGAGAACUCUGGAUAGGGAGUAUCUACCUCUGGGAGAAGAUGUGUGGACAUGACCCAAAACCAGACAUCAAUGCCCGACGAGUAGCCCACUACAAGAAUGCUUUUGGACUUACCAGACCGCCCGGGCCAGUUAUGAAAGAGCCAAACGAGAAAGUGGACCCUUUGCGUUUUCCUAUUAUUCGUGUGGAAAAAGAGUACUACGACGAUACUCGGGGAAGACAGUGGCUUGGUCACGGAAAUGAUUAUGGGUACGGAAUAUAUAGGGAGAAGAGUGACGAUUUGGAAGUACAGAUUGAGAGGGAGCUGGAGAGACGUGGUUACGGGUCUCAAAAUCCUGGUGGAGGUCAUACCAAGCCUCCUUCAGAUGUGGAGGAUAUUGGCCACUCGCACCAACCCCGGAGAUCGUGGUGGCAGUCCAUAUACAAUCGCAUUUCCCAAUCUGGCACUGAAGAUGAUGGCGUGGACCACACAGUUGUUCAUUCGAGGCAUGCCAGUCAAAGGAAGUCAAAGUCAAGAGAUCCCUCAAAACUACGCUCCCAAAAGGCUUCCCUAGAUCACGUUGCAACGACCGAAAGUCGAUACGACAUGGACGAUCCGCCACCUCCGAGUCUCUUCCGGUCUAAACUAUCAUCAAGGCAAAGUAAAGCUGAGCGAGGAGUGUAUUCUCCUGUCACGCCAUAUGGAGACGAAGACAUGUUAGCCCCGCUUUCAGCAUUCAAUGGGUACCAGAAAUCUUCUAAGCGCCAGUCUCAAUACCGAAAUUCGGUACAGAGACAAGAGCCGAAGAUUAUGUUUUCACCUCCUACAGCAAACUAUCCUCCACAAUUCAGUCCCCCACCUGCCAGCCCUCCACCUCAGGCGUUGUUGGCUCCGACGAUGAUGAUGUCCCAUGGCGAUGCCUCGGCAGAUAGCCUACUAGGCCGUGUUUUUCCUUCGAAAUCUUCAGAUGCUAAUUUGACUGUGCAUGGCACUGAUAACACGCAUUCGACAGGAUAUGUACGUGCUGUCCCGAGGACUGCACUCCCGUCCCGGGAGAGUGGCCAUGACAUUGGAGUGGCCGGCGAAAGAAAUCCAGUCCACAAUCGGGCUUCUCUACCUCCAAGUAUUCCUCAAGCAAUGACAGCCUACGUAAUUAAUCCGAUGCGAGGAGCCAAUUCUGAAGGCAACAUGUAUACAGAGCUUCGACUCCUUGAUAAUGUGGAUCAUGGUCCAACGCGAUUAGCUCGACUACCAUCUCACCCUCGUCCUCCUCUUAACCCCGACCCACCAAAUGAAUUUUCUCCUGGUCUGCGCCGUUCUUCUGCUCGAGUUGGUCACAAGCAAGCACAGACGCGACGAUCCGCGGGGAUGUCACUUCAUCCACGGUCAAAGCAUCACUCCUUACCUGCCGUUUUCACUAUUCCCCGUCCUUUGGCUACACCUUCCGCAAAUGCCUAUUCGGAUGAUCACAUGGCAGGCUCCUCGUUUGCCCAAUCCUACCAAUUCUUAGGCUCUUAGCAACAUUGUGUACCAACUGUCAACCUCUGGUAGAGCAGUUUGUGCUCCUGCCUUUUCCUUUUCGAGUCAAUUCUCUGUUUGGGUGCGAUUUCUCUCUGCCGUGUCGAGUGGCCCCGGACUACACAAUAAUCAGGUAACAAGUACAUAAACCUCCUGCUCGCUCUCAACAAUGCUCCCAUGAAGGAGUAAUUCUUCGAGUAGGUCUACGAUCAAAUCCAGGGUUCAGCUACAGCGAGGUCCUUGAUCAUGACAAUGACAUCUACAUUUAAUCUGACGAACUUUCACGACAAUCUCAUGGCCUCAACCACUCCGAUGUUUUCACCUUCUAAGUUCUCACUUUGAUUGAACUGGAAUCUUUUUAAUGUUAUCUAAGUUUAUUUAAAG